GCCCAUGCGGGCCUGCGAAAGUGUAGCAGUUGUGAGCCGGGCAACUGCCCUGGGCUGGGCUAGGAGGCGGCCGCGAAGCCCUGCGUCUGGGAGGCUCCGGAAGGAUCGCGAGUGGCGCGCGCGGCGGGACGCUGCCUCGGUGCUCGGAGGCUGUUACUUGAGAACUGGUAAAUGGCCACCAUGGAGUCCCGGGACCAGAAGAAACACAGAAAGAAGCACAGCGGACCGAAAGCAGAGAAGAAGAAGAAGCGGCACCUGCAGGAUCUCCAGCUUGGAGAUGAAGAAGAUGCCCGCAAGAGAAACCCCAAAGCGUUUGCCGUGCAGUCGGCCGUGCGCAUGGCGCGGUCCUUCCACAGGACUCAGGAUCUGAAGACAAAAAAGCAUCACAUUCCAGUUGUUGAUCGGACUCCGCUAGAGCCCCCCCCCAUAGUGGUAGUGGUGAUGGGGCCUCCGAAAGUCGGGAAGAGCACUCUGAUACAGUGCCUGAUCCGCAACUUCACCAGACAGAAGCUGACGGAGAUCAGAGGCCCUGUGACCAUUGUGUCCGGUAAAAAGCGCAGACUCACCAUUAUUGAAUGUGGCUGUGACAUUAACAUGAUGAUUGAUUUGGCUAAAGUAGCAGAUCUGGUGCUGAUGCUUAUAGAUGCCAGCUUUGGGUUUGAGAUGGAAACAUUUGAGUUUCUAAACAUCUGUCAAGUGCAUGGAUUUCCUAAAAUUAUGGGAGUUCUCACCCACCUGGACUCCUUCAAGCAUAAUAAGCAGCUGAAGAAGACAAAGAAGCGGUUAAAGCACAGGUUCUGGACAGAGGUCUACCCGGGUGCCAAACUAUUCUACCUCUCUGGAAUGGUACAUGGAGAAUAUCAGAACCAAGAAAUUCACAAUCUGGGCCGUUUUAUCACUGUUAUGAAGUUUAGGCCUCUCACAUGGCAAACCUCUCACCCUUACCUCCUGGCAGACAGGAUGGAAGAUUUGACAAACCCAGAGGAUAUCCGAACAAACGUCAAGUGUGACCGAAAGGUGUCGCUCUAUGGUUAUUUAAGAGGAGCACAUUUGAAGAACAAAAGCCAAGUCCACAUGCCAGGUGUAGGAGACUUUGCUGUGAGCGACGUCAGUUUCCUCCCAGACCCCUGUGCUCUUCCUGAGCAGCAGAAGAAGCGCUGUUUAAACGAGAAGGAGAAGCUGGUGUAUGCGCCUCUCUCUGGAGUUGGGGGUGUGCUGUAUGACAAGGACGCUGUGUACGUCGACCUGGGCGGCAGCCACGGUUUUCAGGCACCGGAGGAGGCCGGCCCCACCCAGGAGCUUGUGCAGAGCCUCAUCUCCACCCACUCCACCAUCGACGCCAAGAUGGCUUCAAGCAGAGUGACACUGUUUUCUGAUUCCAAACCUCUGGGAUCAGAGGACAUAGAUAACCAAGGGCUGUGGAUGCCCAAAGAAGAAAAGCAGAUGGAUGUGAAAACUGGCCGAGUGCGUCGAAAAGCCAUUUUUGGCGAUAAAGAAGAUGAGUCUGGAGAGAGUGACGAUGAGGACGACGAUGAAAUGUCUGAAGAUGACAUAGAUGAUGAGGAAGUAGAAGAGGAGGGGGACGCUGACAUGGCUGAAAAGUGCAUGACCGUCAGGGGCGUCAAGCGGCAGAAACUCGAGGAGCUGGAUGAAGACAGUGAGGUGGAUGUGCCCGCGUUUGCUGACAGUGAUGAUGACCUUGAGAGGAGCUCGGGGGACGAAGAAGCCGAGGAAGCUGAUGAAAGCAGUGACGACGAGGACUCCGCGGCGGGGGGAGAGCGGUCCGUUUCAGACCCAAAGGCUGUUGGAGAAGGUGGUAAGGUAGGGCUGGCGGCAGCGAGUCGUGCCAGUGACCACCUGAACCUGGGGAAGUCUUUGCCGACGAAGAAUGCAGCACUGACCACUGCUGAUUCCGGCCAUUGCACAGCUGAGGAGGCGUUCGGCUCUGAGGAUGAAUCUGAAGAAGGCUCCUCGCUCAGCUCCCAGGAGGAGGGCUCAGAAAACGGGGAGGUUCCUAGGGAAAACCUUGCAGAACCUUCCCAAGCGGGCAGGCGUCGGACACCAGGCUCAGAGAACUUAGCUAGCGAGACCAGCGACAUAGAGGAUUUACUAAAGGAGGAGGAAGAGUACACAGAAGAAAAUGGCUAUUCCACGGAAACUUCAGGGGCCCUCAAGUGGAAAGAAGACCUUUCUAGAAAGGCAGCGGAGGCCUUUUUGAGGCAGCAGCAAGCAGCUCCAAAUCUUCGGAAGCUUAUUUAUGGGACAGUGACGGAGGAUAAUGAAGAGGAAGAGGGCGAUCCCCAAGAAGAGCUUGGUGGGUUGUUCCGCAUCAGCCAGCCUGACAGAGGGUGCAAGCACAAGGCUGAUUCCUUGGACUGCUCCAGGUUUCCCGUGGAGGCACCCCACGACUGGGAUUUAGAGGAGGUUAUGAACAGCAUCAGAGAUUGCUUCGUGACUGGCAAGUGGGAAGAGGACAAAGAUGCUGCCAAGAUCUUAGCAGAAGAUGAGGAGCUCUAUGGUGACUUUGAAGACCUGGAAACGGGGGAUGUGCACAAAGGGAAAUCAGACCCAGAUGCUCAGAUUGAAGAUGUAGCAGAAGAAAAGGAAGAACUUGACCCCAGUGCAGAGGAAACUGCCAAAAAAAAGCAUUUGGAUAAGAAGAGAAAAUUGAAGGAGCUGUUUGAUGCAGAGUACGAUGAAGGAGAAAGCACGUAUUUCGAUGAUCUCAAAGGAGAAAUGCAGAAACAAGCACAGCUUAACCGGGCAGAAUUUGAAGACCAAGACGAUGAAGCCAGAGUCCAGUAUGAAGGUUUUCGACCUGGGAUGUAUGUUCGAAUUGAGCUUGAAAACGUUCCCUGUGAAUUUGUGCUCAACUUUGACCCUCAUUACCCAGUUAUUCUGGGCGGUUUGGGCAACAGUGAGGGCAACGUCGGAUACGUGCAGAUGCGUCUCAAGAAACAUCGUUGGUAUAAGAAGAUCCUCAAGUCCCGAGAUCCAAUCAUUUUUUCUGUGGGGUGGAGGAGAUUUCAGACCAUCCCACUUUAUUAUAUCGAAGACCACAACGGAAGACAGAGGCUUCUGAAGUACACCCCACAGCACAUGCAUUGUGGAGCGACCUUCUGGGGUCCUAUCACUCCACAGGGAACUGGCUUCUUGGCAGUACAGUCCGUCAGUGGCGUCAUGCCUGAUUUCCGAAUCGCUGCAACAGGUGUUGUCCUUGACCUGGAUAAAUCCAUAAAGAUUGUGAAGAAAUUAAAGCUAACUGGAUUUCCAUAUAAAAUUUUCAAAAAUACUUCAUUUAUUAAGGGAAUGUUCAAUUCAGCUUUGGAAGUGGCCAAAUUUGAAGGUGCUGUGAUUCGAACUGUCAGUGGAAUCAGGGGCCAGAUCAAGAAGGCGCUCCGGGCUCCCGAGGGCGCUUUCCGGGCCAGCUUCGAGGAUAAGCUGCUGAUGAGCGAUAUCGUCUUCAUGCGCACUUGGUAUCCUGUCUCCAUUCCAGCCUUCUACAACCCCGUAACAUCUUUGUUAAAACCACUGGGCGAGAAAGAUACGUGGUCAGGAAUGCGGACCACAGGUCAGCUGAGGCUUGCGCAGGGCAUCAAGCUGAAGCCGAACAAGGACUCCCUGUAUAAGCCAAUCCUGAGGCAAAGGAAGCAUUUCAACUCACUGCACAUUCCAAAGGCCUUGCAGAAGGCCCUGCCAUUUAAGAAUAAGCCCAAGACUCAGGCAAAGGCAGGCAAGGUGCCAAAGGACCGAGUGAGACCAGCCGUCAUCCGGGAGCCUCACGAGAGGAAGAUCCGGGCGCUGCUGGACGCCCUGAGUACGGUGCACAGCCAGAAGAUGAGGAAGGCCAAGGAGCAGCGGCACCUGCACAACAAAGAGCACCUGCGAGCGAAGCAGAAGGAGGAAGAGGAGAAGCUGAAGCGGCAGAAGGACCUCAGGAAGAAGCUCUUCCGCAUCCAGGGUCAGAAGGAGAAGAGAAACCAGAAGUCCAGCCUCAAGGGCGCCGGGAGCAAUUGAAGAGGCCUCAGAGCACAGACGGACAGGGUCCAGCACAUCGUGCUGGCAAACAGCAGGCGCCGAGCGUGAGGCCCAGAGAGCCCGCCAUCGGCAGAGCGCCCGGACUGCGCCUUCCGACAGCCGUGAGGGCUGUGCUGGUGGCACCCACGCCCCGUCUCCGCUUCCAGUGAUACAGGGACGCGAGGUGAUGUCACCUGUGUUCCGUGGACUCUACUUUCCUCCAGCCACCCUGGUUUCAUUAAUUAUUUUGUGCUACUAAAAUAUCAUUAAAAUAUUUUU